AUGCCAUCCAAAACAUCAUGUCCAAUUUCCGAGCUCGACCGAGCAUUAUCCUCGUAUGUGAACUCGCGGGAGGAUACAUUGAGGAUCCGCCGGACGCUGUCAAAAUACCUCAUAUCGAGCUUGAGGCCCGUCACCGCAGCAACACAGAAUCAGCACUUAAAUCAUGAGUGUCCCCAAGGUCUUGCCGUAGCCAAUACAAACCCACCAGGCUUGAAAGACACGCGCCUGGACUAUCUCCAAGCUCUGCGCGCUAGGAACCAGGCCCUAGCUAGACAUCGCGAACUCCAGGCUUCGCUAGAGCAGCUACGGGAUCGUCAUGUGGACGAGAACCCCACGCAACCAGAGUCGGAAUACGACAAUGACGUCACGCGUAGUUAUGUGUCUUUAUUGCGACAGCGCCGACGCUAUGCAGAGCUUCAGGUAAUCCAAGAGUCUCUUGAGAAGCUUCUGAGCGCGAAGCCUUCAAAUGCUUCAGCGGACCCGCGAGACCUGAUCAAAAGCGCAAUUGGCGAACAACCAGACCUGCCUGUAGAGAGAUUAGAGCACCUCUCACAAGCCGAAGAUGAUCAGGCCAGCAUCUUCAAGCUCAAGCAGGAGGUACUCGAGGCAAGAGCAAGCAUGGAACGAGCCCAAGCAGCAAGUAACAAGGCGCUAGAGGAAACCCGACAAGAACCCAGCCUACAGGCCCAAGUCUACGCCCUAGAACAAGCGAGAAACGAGAUCGUAGACUGGGUUCAAGGCGAAUUAGCCAAGAUGGAAGAAGAAACCACCUUUCCGGAAGACGCCUCGCCCAUGAAGCGCCCAGUGACUUCAGCCGCGCCCGUCGAUCUUGCUUUUGCAGAGACCCAGGUGCGCGAGUCAUACAACAAAUACACAGCCACUCGCGCGCGUUUACUUGAAAUAUACGCGAGUUUCCAACAGCCGCUGGACAUCCCAUCACUCACCCAAGACAGCGCUGUACCUAUCCCUCAAUCCUCCACCACUGUCACCACCAAACCCCCCAAACCAGAAAAGCCCAUUUCAAAACUCCUUCCCCACCUCCCUCACCUCUCCCAAAUCGCAAACAACGAGCGCGCCCUCCUUCAGCAAUCUGUCUACCUGGAAACCCAAAUCGCAGCCGCAGACCAGGACAUUCAAGAUACGUUACUUCGUCUCGCAGGCGAAAGCCACCUCCUGCCGCCCGCCGGCUCCAAGGACGUUGCCGCGUGGGGUAAGACCGCGAGGGAGGCUGAGACUGCCACGGACGAGUUUGUGAAGGCAAGGUUGGGAGAGAGUAGAAAGGAGGUCGGGGGUGUGAAGACGAUUGUGGAGCUGUGCUCAUUACAGGGAAGGGUUUUGGAGGCUGUAUGA